UGCGCUGGCAAGAUGGGAUAUUCAUUAUUGAUUUAGAUAGAAAUUUUCUUGAUAUGCUUACUAUAACCAUUAUAUAUAAUGUUUUGAAAAUAACGCUACUUGUGUGGGCCUGCGAAACGGGUAAAAAUCAGGCCAAAGAGAUUCAUACCACUAUUCAUGAUUUACUGAACAGUACCAAUGAUGAAAAGAUCAAAUACGAGCACUUUGAUAGUGAUUACCACACACGUCUUAAGUGGUCCGCUAAUGCGCUUAUUGCAGACAAUAUGGCAGAUCUCUUCGAAAUUAUCCCCAGAAUCGUACCAAAAGCUGUCCAGAUUGAUUCACAUCAAGGACAUAUUGAGUAUUAUCAUCAGAUCUGUGCAAUUAUUCAUAAAUUUUUCAAAAAUGCUAAAGUAUUCAUUCAGCUAUUUCAAUGUUCUGGUUGGGGUGCUCACGAUGUAUUUUGCCAUACUGUGCGCUGGCAAGAUGGGAUAUUCAUUAUUAUUUUGGAUAAGAAUUUUCUUGAUGUGCUUACUAUGACUAUUAUAUAUAAUGGUUUGAAAAUAAUAUUACUUGUGUGGGCCUGCGAGACGGGUAAAAAUGAGGCCCACAUAAUUCGUACCACUAUUCACGAUUUAUUGAACAAUACCAAUGAUGAAAAGAUAAAAUACGAGUUGCAGCUGUUUUCUUUACAAAUGCUACAUCGAAAAAAUAAUUUUUCGGCAAAAGGUCUUAAUGUUGAUGCAACACUUCUUGCAGCAAUAUGGCGAUCGUGGCGCAGGGCGCUACAUGGUAGCUUACUGUUCCGAGGAUUUAGGUUCAAAACCACCCAGAACUACGGUGCCCUACGGCAUCUGGCGGCGCAAAUCGGAGCACGGAAAAGCGAUCGCCACCUCUCGAAAGAGGUUCCGGCGAGUAAUAUGGACCUGAUGUCCGGCACGGGGCUAAACGGAGCCUGGUGUCUGACGCAAAAGUCCGAGGUAGGACCAGUGUCUAGCGCAGGAGCUAAACAAAGCCUAGUGGUACUCUGGCACUGGUCUGAGAAGGACAGAUGUCUGACACGGGGGUGA